GACUAGUAGUGGUGGUGGGGCGGUAGUGGUGGUGGUGGUGUAGGUGGCAGUAGUAGUGGUGGUGGUGGUGUAGGUGGCAGUAGUGGUGGUGGCGGUGGGGCGGUAGUAGUGGUGGUGGUGGUGGCAGUGCGGUAGUGAACACUCAGACACACUCAGACACACUCAGACACACUCAGACACACUCAGACACACUCAGACACACUCAGACACACACAGACACACACAGACACACACAGACACACACAGACACACACAGACACACACUCGCACACAUCCACACACCCCAUCACCGCCUGAGAGUGAACUGUGGUUCUUAGUGGGUGGUUGGUUGGUGGUGGUGGUUAUGAGCGGUGGUGCAGCGGUUAGCGCUACGAACACGGCAGAUGCUCACACCAGCGACUGUCAUCUAAACCGAGAGUCCCAGGUACUCCCCUAGGUGGACUCGGUGGUAAACCGUCGCCACUAGGGGAGACAAAGGCGGCCCGGAUGUACGUGGUUCUGGCCACCAAUCCCCCCCCCUUCGUAUGUGCCACAGUGCCGGUAGCCUUCAUAGCUGCUGCUGCUGCUAAUCGCUGCUAACAGCCACUUGCCCCCAGAGCCUGCUGAAGGCUACAUACACGGGGAUAUCUUUGAUAAGCGUGUGGUGGUAGUGGUGAUUAUAAGUGGGUGGUCGUGGUAAUUAUAAGUGGGGUGGUGGUGGUGGUCAAUGCCGGAUGAAGCUAGGCGCGGGGCCUGUAGAAUGUGUUAUAAAAGGGCCCUGAUUUUUUUUAAAAACCGCAUCAAUAUUUAAACACAUUUUUAACUUGCAUAGUAAAGUAACUGUAUUUAUUAAUUUGCUAUACAGCCAGAUAGUACGACAAAUCGCUAACCUUGAACACCCAAGUCGUUCGUGAAAGUUGAAGGCGGUAUAGUACUAUAGUAACAGAGCAAGUGCAGAAUCACUGAACCGAAAUUGAUAGCUGGAAAGUGCGGUGCCCUGAGCAUAUGCUACUUUUGCCACGAGGAUAAUCCGGCACUGGUGGUGGUGAUAAGUGGGUAGUGGUGUUGGUGGUGGUGAUGAGUGGGUGGUGGUGAUAAUUGAGUGGUGGUGGUGAUUUUAGCAGGGUGGUGAUGGUCGUUGGCACAACAACACCACACAACCUUGCCCCACCACCACCACCACCAUCACCGCAGACUCCUCCAACGCCGAACGCGACCGAAACAACGCGAUGGAGGAAGAGGCGGCGCUUGUCCACUACCGCGACCUCCGCUGCGUCAUCUGCCUGGAGCUCUUCGACUGGCCCAUCACGCUGCCGUGCGGCCACACAUUUUGCCGGACCUGCAUCGCCGCAUCUUGGGCUGCCCAGCGCCGCGCUCCGGCCCACCCUUGCUGCACGUGCCCCGUGUGCCGCAAGGAGUACCCGCGCAAGCGGCGGCUGGCCAAGACUGUCGUGCUCGCCAACAUGGUGGAGGAGGUGAAGAAGAGGCGGCGAAAGGUGGCCCACGGUGAGGACGACGACGACGACGAGGCGGCGGCGGCGGCCGUGUCGUGCAAGAGCUGCCUCGGCGAAGACGUGCUGGCCGUCAAGACGUGCCUCAGGUGCGAGUCGGCUCUCUGCGAGGCCCACGUGAAACUCCACCGGCACGACCCGGCCUUCAGCGGCCAUGUGCUGGCUCCGCUCGGCAUCAACGUGGCCGCUCGCCGGUGCACAGAGCAUGGCGCGACGCUCCGCUACUACUGCACCCGGGAGGGGCUGCUGGUGUGCUCCGACUGCUCGCUGUUCGGCACUCACAAGAACCACCAGCUGGUGGCGGCCAAGGACGAGUAUGAGGAGAGGAAGCUGCUGGUGACCAUGGAGAGGGAGGGGAGGAUCGACCGCAAGAAGAACUCAGAGUCCAAAGUGCACGAGCUGACGGCAUUCCACGACCGAGUGGAGAGAUACACGGACGCGAUCAAGACGCGGGUGAGCGCCUUCUACGCCGUCAGCAAGCCGGCGGCGGACGACGACGACGAAGAGGAGGAGGACGAGGUAGUCCGCGGUCUGGACGCGCAGUGCGGCCCCGUGCUCUACUCCACGCAGCUCGCGAUCGAGCGCCACCGCAAGGAGAUCGAAGCCCUCGGCUGCAUCAUCUCGCGCCUGGAGGCGCUGCUCGAGACGCAUGACCCCAUCGCCUUUCUGCAGGAUCCGGUUCUCAACGAGCUUACUAGCGUGCCCGCCAAGGUGCACACCAAGGGCCUGCUGCUGUCCACCACAACGGACCUGGACAAGAUCAUCUCUCUGCAGAAGAUCAUGGGCACGCGCCCGCUGCCACUCAUCGCCGAGAGAUAUGGCUGCUCCCCGACGCUGAACCCGACCACCGCGUCGCCGUGGCUGCGCGUCUCCCGCGACCUCAAGACCGUCAUGGGCUCCCCGCCGCGCCAGCCGCCGCCCGACCACCCCGAGCGUUUCGACUGCUGGCACCCGCAGGUGCUGGGCGCCCGGCCGCUGGCGUCUGGCCGCCACUACUGGGAGGUGGACGUGGGCGGCGCGGGCUCGUGGCGCGUCGGCGUCGCGUACGGCUCCGUCCCGCGCAAGGGCCAGGGCGGCGUCUGCAAGCUGGGCGAGAACGGCGAGUCGUGGUGCCUCUUCAUGGACAACAGCGAGCUGACUGCUCGCCACGGCGGCGUGGGCACGCUGCUGCUGCGCCCGAACCCGCUGCAGCUGCAGCAGCUGCAGCAGCAGCAGGGCGACGCCAGUGAAAUGCCGGCGGCACCGGCGUUGGCACCGGCAUUGGCACCGUCGUUGGCACUGGCACCAUCGUUGGCACUAGCACCGGCCGUGGCACCAGCCAUGGCUCCAGCCUUGGCUCCAGCCUUGGCACCAGCCUUGGCACCAGCCUUGGCACCAGCCUUGGCACCAGCCUUUGCACCAGCCUUUGCACCAGCCAUGGCACCAGCCUUUGCACCACCCUUGGCACCACCCUUGGCACCGGCCUUGGCACCGGCCUUGGCACCGGCCUUGGCACCGGCCUUGGCACCGGCCUUGGCACCAGCACUGGCACCAGCACCGGCGGUGGCGGCCGUGGCACCGGUUCGCAAGGUGGGCGUCUUCCUGGACUGCGACGCGGGGCUGCUGUCCUUCUACCUAGCGGACGACAUGACGCUGCUGCACACGUUCCACGCCAAGUUCACGCAGCCGCUGUUCCCCGCCCUCGCCGUGCUCGUGUGGGACGGCUCCCUCACCAUGGUGGAGCUCGAGUAG